UCCAAGAAGAGACCACCUCCCCCACCCCCAGGACACAAAAGAACCCUCUCUGACCCACCAAGCCCACUACCUCAUGGACCCCAGAAUAAGGGCCCAAUUCCUUGGGGUAAUGAUUUGGGCCCACCUUCAACUAAAGCUGCAAACAAGUUUGAGGGGAUGUCUCAGCAGUCAAGCACUGGGACUGCAAAGACUGCACUUGGCCCUAGAGUUCUUCCCAAACUACCUCAAAAAGUGGCACUAAGAAAAAUAGAAACCAGUCAUCACCUUUCAAUAGAUAAAUCCCAUCAGCACACGGAAAUCUUUCAGAAGCCCUCACUGUCCAUUGAUAUACCACAGAAACCACAACCUGGAGACUUGCCCCCAAAGCCUCUGCCUCUGGAAUUAACUCAGAAACCUCAAGUGGGAGAUUUACCCCCAAAGCCUGGAGAACUACCCCCAAAGCCUCAGCUAGGAGACUUGCCACCAAAACCACAACUUGGAGACUUACCUCCAAAGCCGCAAAUGAAGGACCUUCCUCCAAAACCUCAGCUAGGGGAGCUGUUGGCUAAAACUCAAGGUGGAGAAGCAUCACCGAAGCCUCAGCCCUCAGAGGCAAAUCAAAAAUCUCACUCCUUGGAUCUUUCUCCAAAUGUUCAAUGUAGAGACGCCGUCCAAAGGCAAGCAUCUGAAGAGUCUAAUGACAUAACUCAUACCCUGCCAGAAACCCCGGUGCCACUUCCCAGGAAAAUAAAUAUGGGGAAAAACAAAGUUAGGCGAGUGAAGACCAUUUAUGACUGUCAGGCAGAUAAUGAUGAUGAGCUCACAUUUGUUGAAGGAGAAGUAAUUAUUGUAACUGGUGAAGAGGACCAAGAGUGGUGGAUUGGCCACAUCGAAGGACAGCCAGAGAGGAAAGGGGUCUUUCCAGUGUCCUUUGUGCACAUUCUGUCGGACUAGUAAAAACAAACAAAAAAAAUCCUAAACUUGAGCAUUGCACAUUCUUCAUGCAAGACGGGCUUUUUAGCAAAAGCGAACGCUGCUGCCUCCCUGUAAUCCUGUGCACAAUUGUAUAUAUAGCUGCUGUUACAAAUUAAGAAUUCAUUUAAGUUUUCACCUCAUGAGGUUGAAUUCUAUGUAUUGUAAAUAUACCGUGUUAUUCUGCCUUUGCCAGUAUUAUGGUAGCCUUGGAACCUGGCACGCCUUAUUGGGUUCGUUGAAGCCAUCCUCGGCAUCUAGCACUUACACCUCUGUCUAUGCUGUUCAACAUACGUACGAACUGCCAGCUUUCCAAACAUAGGUGGUCUCCGUCAACCAUGUAACUGUACAGAAAUGACUGUUCCUCAUAACUCGGUAUUCUCAAUAUACAAUUAGCAGAAAGUUAGAAUGAGUGAAUGGUUUUGGACAAUUUAAAAAUCAGUCUGCAGUUUUUAAGUGUAUGCAGUUUACAGCUAUGAAACCCACUUCGGUAUUUAUUUAAUAUAGUGCUCAGUUAAGUGUAAUUAUGAAGACAAAUAUUCACUGACUUUACAGAUAACAGUAAUGUUUUAUGGUGUGCAUACAGCAUUUCAUGUUUAUAUUAUGUGGACCUAUGCCAAACUGUGAUUGCAGUUCCCCUGUGACAUUACCUCACUAUAAAAAGUUACAAAUUUAUUUCAUUCGAAAACUUAUUUUAAUGAGAAUUAGUCAUAUUGUUCUUUAGUAGGUAUAUGUGAAAUUUGCUGGUUUCUUUCACUGAAUUCUUAGUAACCAAGGACUUCUAGAAAAUGUUAACUGUUGACAUUAUGCAUGCAUUUAGAUGCUUACUUGAAACCUGCCUUUGUACAAAAGUAGUACUGUAGUCAUAUAGCUACAUUUGAAGAAAAGAACAUUUUAACUUAAUUGCUAUUCAGAUUAAUGUGAGCUUGCAACAGUAUUUGUUUAUAGCUAAAUUGGCUCUUUGAAAAAUGAUUUUGUGGGGUUUUUUUUCCUCUGCCUUCAACCUUGCUAAAAGUUAGUUACCUAAAAUAAAAUUUCUUAAGUGGUGAUAUAAGGAUAAAUUUAAAUUAUUUGUAAUUGCUCUGAAAAGUGGAAGUUAAGAUGACCUCUCAUGUGUUUGGUCAGGCUGUUAAUGACAGAGCUCAGAUCACAACUAUCAGGCUGGUUUUAGUAGAGUUCACUGAGCUGUAACGGUAAUAGUCUUUAAUUCAAAGCACCAAGUAACAGACAUACUGUCAUAAAGCUAAUUUCUAGGAAAAUCUUUGGAAGGCUGCAUUGGACCUGAGGUUUCUUGAAAGUUGAUGCAAAGUUGCAUUGCCAGAAAACACUUAAAUGUAUUACUGAAAACUUUCAUUUCCUAUGUCACUUUCAGCAUCAUUUUUUUAACUUUGAACCAUAAUGCAGUUGUGUUUUUUCCAUAGUUUGUCCGUAGCAGGUUCCAUGACUUUCAUACGUAGUUUUGUAUUACUUGCUUUAAACGUUAUUUUGGCUUCAGUACCCAGUACUGCGAUUUCAAAGCAAAUUGUCUUGGCUGCAUGGAAAGAUUUUCGUUUCAUAAAAACACAUCUCAGGCUUUCUGAGGGCUUUCAUUUUUAAUUCAGUUUUACAAGACUGUAGUCAGUGAAUAUUUAAUUCUGUUUGUGGUUAAUAUAGAAACAAAUAUUGGUCUAAAUCCCACAUGGAAAAAAUACAAAACAUUUAUCAACUGUUAAUGGUUUUAUCAUUUAUAACAAAAGUUUAUUGAAAAAAAAAAAACGCAAUGAGUGAGCGAGCCUGCUGGCAUCUAAUCCUUCAGUAUUACCAGCUCCAGUAUUUCAGAAUUUAUUCUGUUUUUUUAGGGAAAGGAAGUCAGGAUUAGCAUUUAUUUAGCAUUCCAUUUUAUCCAUUACUACAAUGUUUUAAGUUGCAUUAAAGAACAAAACCUAUUCACUUUUGUGGUCAAUUGUAUUUUUAAGUGAUCUUGAAAUAAACUGAUAAAAGCAAAUCAUAUAAAGAAAACCUAGGCAUGUAAAAUUAUGUAGAGUCAAAUGUCUAUUCUUUUCUACGCUCUUUAAAAUAGUAUACAUAUGCAUUUUAUAAAAUUAAAUGAGUUCCUUCGGGAACAAUAGUUCUGUUUAUUCUGGCUUAUUGUGGGUCAUAAGAAAUCUGAAAAUGUAUGAUAUUGAUUGAGUUUAAGUACAGUAUUAUAUUUGAACUCAAUGAGCCACUGUCUGCAAUUUUGUACAUGACAUAAUAUUUGGAAAGUCUAAAUCUUUAUGGAAAAUUAGCUGAUAAGGGGUUGGGGGGAGGGGCAGGGGAAGGUGCCCCCAGAGGGGGAAGUAUGCUCUGCAGAUGAUAUCUUAUUUACUGUUGAACAACAAUUGCUAUUUAUUUUUUUAUUACAUAGUACAUCAACGUGUACAGAAAUCAGAUCUGGUCAUGCCACUAGUUGAAAUCUUGACUUCUCAUUGAAUGUUAAGGUAAAACAUCAGUACACAUGUCUAUUCACGUAUUUAAUGUGACAGUUUUUGAGUACUGUAUGCGUUAAUUUCUACUUUUUUAAUAUUUAAAAUUGCUUUUAAAUAAAUGUAUUCAGUUGAUCCCAG